GACGGAUUGGUCUCCCCUUGCUUCCUCGUCUUUGCUUCUUGUCCUUCGAGGAUCAGGUACCCGUCCAGCAGCACGGCGUCUGGGCUGUGCCUACUCGAAGUGACCGGCUCAAAUUUCGGUUCCUUCUCGCGGCUGGAUACGAGGGCUACUUCGCCAUCGUAGGCGCAUCCCGGGAGCAAAGGGUCAGGCACCAGGGGGGGACACUAUCCUCCCUCGUCGCGCCCGCGCCCAAGGACCUCUUUAGGUCCGGCCCCAAGCAGGAUCUACAGCCUUCAUCGACUAGAUCAUCCUCGUCUAAAGGCUCGCAUAGCCAUCCUCUGUCCCACUCUCUUGCUGGCACUCCGCGUCACCAACGCAGCGCAUCCAGCCAUUCCCUUGCGAGCAGAAGGGACGUGGCGGUGAUCACCUUGCCUUCUGCCAUCGAGGCAAAGCCAGGUAGUACCUUCACCUCGAGGAACGCUCUUCCCUUCGCGCAAUGAGCAGCUCUCUUUUCUCCAAUCCAGAUAGCUCAUCUACCGCCACAUCAAGUACCACUUCUGGACGUCAGUCCGAGAGCACCUCUUCAGAGGUCGCCUUUGCAGAUCAUUCUAGCCACAGCAGCAGUAGUGGAAGCGGUGUCAAACCAGAAGCAAUGGCAGUUUCGGCCGCUCAUCACCACCAGGGACCCUGGCCUCCUGCUCCUUUGCCCUUGCACCACCAGGUCUCUCUGGAUGGACAGCAACACGGAGGAGGAGGAGAUCCCGAGCUAGGAAAGCAGCUAUAUGCACAAGAAGCAGAAGGUCAUCACUUCUCGAAUGCUCACCCCGCCCUCCAAACACCAGCACAACACUACCAGCCUAGCUCAGAGGCAUUGGGGGGAGCACAAGCAAGCGGGAGUAGCAGCGCCUCCGCAGGUCAGAGGCCUCAAUAUCCUUCGAGUUUGCAAGCACCGUCUCGCCAUAGCCAAAUGGCAGAGUCCUCUACGCAGAGCAGGCCUCCAAGUCUACACCCCUCUAGCAGCUCGUACCAUCCAAGUCAUCUCUACAACCCCUCUCAGUCCACGUUCGCAGCCGGCGCCUGGAAUCAGUAUGAUACCUCGUCUCGUGAUGUCUCUGCCAGCGCGAAUCUGCUCUCUCGCCAGCCUAUGCAGUCUCGUUACUUUGGUCUAGGCCCGACGCUGCAGAUGCAGAACUCACUCGCAGACCCGGCAUUCUUCCCAGGUGGAGUCAUACCACCUCAAUCGACGAGCGCAGGCGGACUGGAGGCCAACGAUGGCGCAAGCGGAUCAAAGGAGGUACCUAGCUUCAGCGUUGAGCUCAAGGCGCGUAGCUUCGAUCAUAGAGGAUACCCAGUAUACGGCGGGAGAGCAGCACCAAUCACUGGAGUCAUCAGAAUGUCCAAGUCGGAUGAAUGCGAUGUCACAAUCAAGAUUUCGGCGCAUACAACCACCGGAUCGACCGCAAUGGUCUGGGAUGGUAUCGCUCUACAGCCAGCUGCGAACGGUUCUGAGAGGGUAGUCUUUUCUGCUACCGACACUUUCCCAGCCUCUGAAGGUCACGUCGACUACUCUCGUGCUCCGUCUUCUGGUCCUUCCACAGCUGCAUCCAGCUCGUCGACUAAAGCCUUUGCAGAGAGCAAUAGUGAAGAGGGAAUCCUCGCCAUUCCCUUUACGACCAACAUGCCAGUGGGCGGCUCUACAAGAAUCGUCGAUGGAGAAGUGGCUACUGUAGCUGUAGCUCUGCCGCCCUCCUUUGAAAUGUCGUCGGAGCAGGAUAACAAAGACAAGGCCGUCUUCAAGAGCAUAAGCGAAGGUGGAGGAGCGGCUAGCAGCUCAGCUGCGAGUGUCAGGACAAGGAUGACGAGAAUGACUGCAACGACUGUUAGGGAAGCCGUAGAAGCAGGCCUGCGGCAAGUGUAUCGGAUCGGCUGUUUCUACAGGAUCACAUUCACCCUGACGCCUGUGGGCGGAAAGGUACAAGAGAGCGGACGGAAGCUUGCUGGAGCCCUCUUCGGAAGCAAGAAGAGCAAAGCUGCGAAGAAGUUGAAAGGAUCGCGAACCCUCUCCAUACCCUUUGUGUUCCUUGGCGAGAUUGUUUCUCAGCCGGCCACUCCUUCGUCCCUUCCACCCAUCCGGCCUGCUAUCCUCAAGCAACCAAGUCAACUCCUCGCGCCACAGUGGGAAUCAGAUGUUGCCACUGCACAAUGGUCCGGGAAGUUCUUCACGACAAUGAAGCGCAAUGUCCAGCUUGAGCUCUUCCUGCCAACCAAGACCGUACAAGCUCCGAGCGUCGUACCUGUGCUGCUCAUCAUUAGACCAGAGGACCCAGAGAUGCUGCCCAAGCCUAUCGCCGUGACGUCUACCUCGCCGGUCGGUUCACCUCGGCCGGGUAUCAAUCGAGGGAGCAGCGCAGAGACCACCCCUGGCCUGCAGAGCUCCAGAACGCCAGCCAUCAACGGCAGUAUCAAUGGCCCACCGAGCGCUGCUGGCAGUACUGCAGGUACUUUAGGCGUGAAGGCAGGCGCUACCGAGCCCCAGAAGCAAAGUGAUGAGGCCGCGCCGAAGUCACAAGAUAGCAGUCUGUCGCAUUCGAUGCAGUCGUCCAUGUCGAUAUCUGACUCUCCAGCCCAUGCAACCAGUGCGUCCAACCAUGGUGCUCCCUUGGCCUCCGGCGCCUCUAACAAGGACCCUGCGCAACGCAUUCACAAGAAGAUCUCUCGAUCGACCUUCUCCUUCAACAAGAGACCGGAUUCCUCAAUCUCUAGAGCAAGCAGUGAUGAGUCAAACAUGUCCUACACAAUCCGAGGGGGCGGAGCUCCCAGCAGCGUACAGGGGGAUGGAGCGGCACAACUUGGCCUGCCUGCGCUGGUGAGGUUGAGCAUCUUGCAGAACGUCUACUACAACAGCUCCAACGUCAACGAGCCCCCGAAGAACAAGCGUCGCCUGAUGAAUGUUGCCGAUCUGGAAGAAGUUGACAUUGGUCGACUUGCCAACGAACAUGGUUACGGGGAUCUGAGCCUGCUAUACGAUGUGCCCAAUGCAGUGGCUCUGGUAGCCGAUGCAAAGGUCAGUGGAGUGAGAGUCCUGCGCGGUUUGCUCAGGAUCCCUCGAGAGGCUACACCGUCUUUCCGUGUACAAGGAAUUGAGGUCAAGUAUGCGAUCAAGGUGGAUCUCCUGCCCUUCAAUUCUCGCGCUGGAGCAAGACCUGGCAAUGCGGUCCUGCCAGGCAGAGCCAAUGCGUCUUCAAGCUUCCCGUCUUCCUCAGCCUCGUCCAUGUACCCCGGGCCCUCUUCGUCUCCACCGGUCACCCCGCCUUAUCAUCCAUCUCCUCUGACUUUUGGAGCACGAGGCCCAGCCGGUGCCAUGAAGCCGUCCCAGCAUCAGCAGCAACAGCAGUCCGAUGCAGGCUCUUCGGCCUCUUCACAACAUCCACCAUCUACGAGCGCGUCUGCAUCACAGACGAUCUGGACUCCCGGACCGGCUGUACCCCUCGGUCUGCACAGCCACACCUAUGACCCCUCUGUGCGCAUGUCUCAAUCCGGAUCUAGCUCCGGAACCAUCGGUGCCGGCGGGAGUGUUGUUGCUGGCCGAGGCAGACCCUCGUUCGAUACCUCUGAGGCCGGCUUCAGCAGGAGGUCUCCCUCGGACCCUACGAUCAUUGGUGGUGCUGAUUCGAGUAAGCUCCAGAAGACAGUCGGAGCUCUUUGGGUCAAUGUGCGCUUGGUCAAGGGCAAAGGAUCGCUUUGAUUGCCUUGGUCAAUGUUCAGUGGUAGAUGUGCGGCAAGAGUGUCCAUACAAGAGGCGCAGCGGGGGUGGUGGGCAAGCAUACCCAAAGAUAGAAGAAGAGCGUGGGCUCUUACGCAAACCACAAGAGAGUGAGGUCCGAAGGAAACUCAAAGAUACGAUAGAUGCGGCGUCGUUCCUUCGAUAGCAUUCAAUGUCACCGAUGGUGGAUGAGGAAGGGAGAUCGACUGGUCAUAGAUAAGCAAGCAGAUUUGUCCCGGCGU